GCGCGCUGUUUCCGGAAGUGUCCAGGAGGUCUGUUUCGUGGCCUCCUCCGACACCCGGGUAGCUGCUCUUUGCUGUGGAACUCUACGCGUGGACCGGCGUCGGCCUAGGCGGGGCCAGGGUUCCGUCUGCGCCGCAGAAUGGAGAUAAUCCGGAGCAAUUUUAAGAUUAAUCUUCACAAAGUGUACCAGGCCAUAGAGGAGGCUGACUUCUUCGCCAUCGAUGGGGAGUUUUCAGGAAUCAGCGAUGGACCUUCCGUCACUGCAUUAACAAGUGGUUUUGAUACCCCAGAAGAGAGAUAUCAGAAGCUUAAAAAGCAUUCUAUGGACUUUUUGCUGUUUCAGUUUGGCCUUUGCACUUUUAAGUAUGACCACACAGAUUCCAAGCAUAUAACGAAGUCGUUUAACUUCUAUGUUUUCCCCAAGCCUUUCAGUAGGUCCUCGCCAGAUGUCAAGUUUGUUUGUCAGAGUUCCAGCAUUGACUUCCUAGCAAGCCAAGGAUUUGACUUUAAUAAAGUGUUUUGCAGUGGAAUUCCAUAUCUGAAUCAAGAAGAAGAAAGGCAGCUGAGAGAGCAAUUUGAUGAAAAACGUUCUCAGGCCAAUGGGGCAGGAACUAUGGCAAAAUGUCCUGUGGCAGUUCCUGAGGACCAGAAGAAGUUCAUUGACCAAGUAGUAGAGAAGAUAGAGGCUUUCCUACAAAAUGAAGAGAAGAAGAUCUUGGAUCUAGAGCCAUGCACUGGGUUCCAAAGAAAACUUAUUUAUCAGACUUUGAGUUGGAAGUUUCCCAAAGGCAUUCAUGUUGAGACGUUAGAAACUGAAAAGAAGGAGAGACACAUACUUAUCAGCAAAGUGGAUGAAGAAGAACGCAAGAGAAGAGAGCAGGAGAAGUAUGCAAAGGAACAGGAGGAACUGAAUGAUGCUGUGGGAUUUUCAAGAGUCAUCCAUGCCAUUGCUAAUUCGGGAAAACUGGUUGUUGGACACAAUAUGCUCUUGGAUGUCAUGCACACAAUUCACCAGUUCUACUGCCCUCUGCCUGGGGACCUGAAUGAGUUUAAGGAGAUGACAACAUGUGUCUUCCCCAGACUCUUGGAUACUAAACUGAUGGCCAGCACACAGCCUUUUAAGGAUAUCAUUAACAACACAUCCCUUGCAGAGCUGGAAAAGCGCUUAAAAGAGACGCCCUUUAACCCUCCUAAAGUUGAAAGCGCAGAAGGCUUUCCAAGCUACAACACAGCUUCUGAGCAGCUCCAUGAGGCAGGGUAUGAUGCUUACAUCACAGGACUCUGCUUCAUCUCCAUGGCAAAUUACCUAGGUUCUUUACUUGGGCCUCCAAAAAUGUGUGUGUCUGCCAAAUCAAAACUCAUUGAACCCUUUUUUAACAAGUUAUUUCUUAUGAGGGUCAUGGAUAUUCCCUAUUUAAACCUGGAAGGGCCAGACUUGCAGCCUAAACGCGACCAUGUUCUCCACGUGACGUUCCCCAAAGAGUGGAAGACAAGUGACCUUUACCAACUCUUCAGCGCCUUUGGUAACAUUCAGAUAUCCUGGAUUGAUGACACAUCAGCCUUCGUUUCUCUCAGCCAGCCCGAACAAGUCCAGAUUGCUGUUAAUACCAGCAAAUACGCUGAAAGUUACCGGAUCCAGACCUAUGCUGAGUAUGUGGGAAAGAAGCGGGAAGACAAGCAGGUCAAGAGGAAGUGGACAGAAGACAGCUGGAAGGAGGUGGACAGGAAGCAGCCCAUUGUUCCAGACCCCUGUUCCCAUACCAACAGCUUCUCAGCAACUGGUGUAAUUGGAAAGAGAAAUCUGAGUCCUGACCCACGGGAAGCUGGCUCAGAGGACAGAGAACUGGAGGAGAUAACUGACUCUGAACUUGAACAGAUGGAUUCCUGUGCAGAUCCCCUCCCAGAGGGAAGGAAAAAGGCCAAGAAGCUAAAGAGAUUGAAGAAAGAGCUUUCCUUGGCAGGAACUGUCGCAGAUAGCCCUGCCAUGCUCUUCGAAGUCCCCGACACGUGGUAACAGAGACCAGGGUGUAGCACACUGAGCAUGCUGCUGCUGAGAGAGCUAUUUGGAAGCCAUACUGUAUUCACUUAAUCAAAUGAGGCAUGGGAGGGCUUAGAACCAAGUUUAUUUCCUAGGAGAGCUACGUUUUCCUUUUUUGGCUAUCUCUAUCUUCCCAUUCCAUCUAAACUGACCAUUGGCACACGUCAUGAUUGAGGACUGUUGCAGGUGUGUGUGUUAUUAACUAAUUACUUCCUGCUCCUGGGAAACCUGUCUGGCCCCAUGAGUGUUGGCAAGUCUGCCCAGGAAGGAAAUCAGCUGUGAACCAUGCCAGGAGAACCAGCCUCCAGGGUGUUAGGAUUAUAUUCGUACUGAGCUUCACCCUGCCUGGAGAUGUGCCUGGACCUCUCUCCAUUCCAGCCUGUGGUGCCAUCACAGGUCAUGGUCACUGACUCCGACGAGUAAGUGGUUGUACCCUACUUCCCACCAUCACUGCUUAGGAACAGCACGCAGGCUUGUCUUUUCCAUGCCAUCUUCUCGUGCUGACCCAGGGUCAUCUCAGCAGAUACCUGGGCUUUGAGGGCACGCUAUUUCAGGUUACUUUCCCUCUGAUACAAGUCUCUCGUGGGUGGUGUGUGAGUGAGAAGCUGACUUUUCUGUUCCUGUGCACAGUGCCAGAUUAAUGGUGAAGUGACUUCACCUGCUUGUCUUUACCAUGCAUUUUUGUGUAUCUGGUUACAUGGUGUGGGUGUGUGUGUGUGCCUGCGCCCUCGUGUGCGUGUGUGGGAGACAAUGGCAGAAUUGCAGCAUGCAUCCAGCCCUCAUUGGACAGGUUCCACAGUGGCAGAGCACCAUGCACUCCUGCGAGACACUCCACGGCCGACACUUGUGGACAUGGAAUGCUUUUGUAUCAUGAAAAUAAAAAUUUUAAUUCAAAAAGAUGGAAUUAAAGAAAAUUUCAUAAAAACCUGCCUUUAACUUU